AUAUGAACACAAACUGGAUAUACAUACAUACACGCAGAGACUCCAAAUUCAAGGAAAACCACUGAAACAUCUCCGAAAUAGACGAUGCCAAUUUUGAAUACAUAUCCGCCGUCUCCUCCAACCUUUGAAUACCCUUUUCCCUGUUUUCAGUUUCUCCGUUUCCAACAUCAACCAAAAACAUUUAUUUUCCCUCGACGUGGACUUCUUCUGAUGCGCCAUGCAGAAGGUAUCCGACGGAAACAUACAUGCCCAGAAAUCCAAUCACAAGCUCAAGAAGGUAGAGUCAUUUCCAGAACCAGACUACUAUGACAUAACCUACGUCGACAUCUCUCCGACGAACAGCGCAGGCUCUCCGAUGGCCAAAUCCCCCUGGUCACUGCACGCCGGCCCGGGAUCGGCUGCUAAGGCGGAUCAUGAUGAUUCUGACAAUAACUACUCCCCGGACGUUCUAAUGGGCUCUCUCGUCCGGGAAGAAGGGCAUAUAUACUCGUUAGCCACGUCUGGGGAAUUGUUGUACACAGGCUCUGACUCUAAAAACAUAAGGGUUUGGAAGAAUCACGUGGAGUUCUCGAGUUUUAAGUCGAACAGUGGGUUAGUGAAAGCCAUUGUGAUCGCCGGAAAGAAGAUUUUCACGGGUCAUCAGGACGGGAGGAUCCGUGUCUGGAAGGUCUCGUCCAAAGAUGCCAACGUUCACCGGCGCGUCGGGACAAUGCCUGGGCUCAGAGAGUUAAUAAAAAAUACCAUCUUGCUCACGUCCUACUUCGAGUUCACGCGCCGUAACCGGAGACGCACGCGCGGGGCUAAGCACCACGAUGCGAUAUCCUGCCUCGGCCUGAGCGAAGACGGGAGGCUACUCUACUCAGCGUCGUGGGACAAGACGUUCAAGGUGUGGGGGACGUCCGAUUUCAAGUGCUUGGAAUCGGUCAAUGCCCACGACGACGCAGUAAACGCCGUCGUUUCGGCUUUCGACGGGUUGGUGUUCACCGGCUCGGCGGACGGGACGGUUAAGGUGUGGCGGAGAGAGGACCAAGCCAAGGACACGAAACACUUCUUCUCGCAGACGUUGUUGAAACAAGACUGCGCCGUGACAGCUAUCGCCGUUAACGCGGAAGCGACGUUGGUGUACUGCGGCUCUUCGGACGGAACCGUUAGCUUCUGGGAACGAGAGAAUCUCCUGGAAAACGGAGGCGUUUUGAGGGGGCACAAGCUGGCGGUUCUCUGUCUGGUAGCGGCCGGGAAACUGUUGCUCAGCGGUUCGGCGGACAUGGGGAUAAGGGUAUGGAUGCGACCGGAAGGCGGGAGAGAACACGAGUGUUUGUCUGUCCUGACUGGACAUUCCGGUCCGGUGAAGUGUCUUGCGGUAGAGCGAGAUCAAGAUUCGGCGUGCGGCGAGAGAAGGUGGAUUGUGUACAGUGGGAGUUUAGAUAAGUCCGUGAAGAUGUGGAGAGUGUCGGAGAGAUCGCCGCCGGUGAUGGUUAGCCGGACGAAUGAUAGUUACGGCGGACCGACGGGGUUGACGGGGGCUCCAAGCCUCACGACCCAUGGUAGAAUUAGCCAGAAAAAGUAGUCGGAUGUAUAUCCACUCAUUUGACCAGCAUGAAUGAACAUAAUUACUGACAGAGAACCUGAGUUUUCAAAACGAUGGUUUGGAAAAAAAAUUGCAUAAUAAUCAAUAUAGUGCUAAUAUUCAAUGAUUGGUGUGUGUAUAUAUAUUUUUGAAAUUUUAAUUUUAUU